CUAGUCUGCAAGGGAAUGCCCAGAGCUCAGUUGCUUGAAGGCAGCAUACCUAUUCAGAUGGCGAAUAUUCCGUUUCCUCUAAAAUUUCUUAGUGAUUUCUGGAUAAACACCCCCAGCUUUACACCAUGGGUGUUGGAUAUCUUCCUAACCCUGGUAUUUGUCGUGGAGUUGUAUUUCCUAUUAGUCCCCUGCCUCUCUUACUUCCAUCGUGAUCCACCCUCACCAUUGCCUCGGGAGAAGAGAAUGGGUCACCUUCUCUCCCAGGGUCAUCUUCUGUCCCAGUGUCAAUGUCAGUGGAGGGGGAGGCCCCAAGGCAGGAAGAAAGACUACAGUCUGAAAGAUUGUACAGACCUCCUGACAGGCCUGGAGGGGAUUCUGAACUUGCUUCUACAACUAGAGCGCAUCCUGGGGCCGCAUCCUGAGAAAGGCGACUUUGGUCAGCUCUCUGGUCCAGAUCCCCCAGGUGAGGAGUGCAAAAGAACGCCUGAUGGAACCUCCCAGUCCCCUCAGGAGCCGAUGCGAGAUGCCACUCCCGUGCUUUCCUCAUUAGCUUCCCCGGAUCCUCAAAUCCAGCAUCCUUCGCCUCUGGUCUCCACCCCAUCACCAGGCCCAACGGCCACCUCAGUCUCCCCUCUUAGUGCCUCCCAACCACCAGAGCCUUCCCUUCCCCUGGAACACCCCUCACCUGAGCCACCUGCGCUUUUCCCUAACCCACCACACACCCCUGAUCCUCUGGCCUGCUCUCCGCCUCCUCCGAAAGGCUUCAUUGCUCCUCCCCUGCGGGACUCCACUCCGACGACUCCAUCUCACUGUGACUCAGUGGCACUUCCACUGGGCACCAUCCAUCAGAGCUCAUCUCCGUGUGAGGAUUUGGUGACUUCUGGCCCAGCCAUCUCAGGCCGUGGCGGCUCAAGCAGUCAUGCCUCUGUGUCUGCAUCCUGGUGUCAGGAAACUACCAGAACCUGGCGUGUCUCCAACCCAUCGGUCCAGCAAGAUCAUCUUUCCGGCCACCCACCAGAAACAUCGUCCUCGGGAGACCCCACAAACAGUCAGAUGGAAGCUGAAAGCCCCUUUUUCCACAGCUCUGAUGGCCAGAAUGUCGUGGGAAUACAAGUCACAGAAAGAGCCAGGAUCAACAUUCGGGAGGAAAAAGAAAAAGAUGGAUCAUUUCCAAAACAAACGAACACAGAAAAGCACUUGAAUUCUUUGGGGAAUUUGGUGAAAUCAUUGAAUGCUGAGCAGGACACCACAACCCUAAAACCCGUCUGGGACACGGAAGACUUGAAACAAUCGUCCAGUCCUCAGAAGCUCUCGGAUCCUGGAAUCCUGAAGGAACAUUUUCAGAAGAAUUAUAGCCAGCUUUUCUGGGGCCUCCCCUCUCGGCACAGCGAAUCCUUGGAGGCUAAUGCCUGGGUGUCUGAGAGACCUUAUACUUUACAGUCUCCUCCUUUCUUGUUCAAUGGCAUUCCCGAUGUCCGCCCAGUUCAAACAGAGACUACAAUGUCUCCACUGCUUUACCAGGCCCAGCGCCCGUCCCAUCUGAGGCCUGAGUCCCCACCCUUUAUUUCGCCCACACCCCAAUUCCGGCUCUCACACGUGGCUCAGGCGGAGGUUCAGGCCCGUCUUCCAUCCUCUUUCCCAGUCCAAGCUCCUGCUCUUGCAUCCCCGAUUAAUAAUUCUGGAGUAGCUUGCCCUGCGUCGCAGAAUAAGACGCAAGCUCUCACCCUACCUGAUAUGCAGCGCCCUGGAUGGUCUUCUAAACAACCAGAAGGUGGGUUGGCUUUACCCUCUAGGGCCCAAAAACCUCAGGAUGUCUUUAGCGCCUCCACUCCUAACCUUCCCCAGGACAGCUUGACAGCAAUCAUUCCUGAGAACUUUCCAGUCAGUCCUGAACUCCGGAGCAACCUGGGAACGACCCAAGAGUCUCCGGAUCUGAUGCAGCCUCAGGAGAAACUGCCAGGGACAAGUCAGGCCAGGGGCAAACUCAGACCCUUGCAGUUCUCCGAGUCCUCGGGCGAAAGCAGCAAGGACAUACAGAAGGUGACGUUCCCGCUAGAGAGUAAUCCGUGUACACCUCUGGGACAAAUUCGGGGGCAGACCACACAAAAUCUAGCCAGGUGCAUAGAAAGCUUCCCAGGGAAGGUUCUGGGGGCAGAACCUCAAGUCUCUGAGGAAUCGGAAAGAGACUUGAAAAUGCCCUUGAGGAGAGACUCGGAAAGUGAUUUAUUAAGACGAACAGAGACAAAUCGUUUGGAAAACAUCCUGAAAGCCCACGUGGGCAUGAAGUUGAGCCAGAUCAGUGAGGGCUUUAUCCCCAUUCGUGUGCGUCGAUCCUGGCUUGCUGUCAACCAGGCUUUUCCCGUGUCCAACACCCACAUGAAGACCAGCAAUCUAACACCCCCGAAAAGUGAAAGAGCCAGUGUGAACACAUCCCAGGAGCUUUCCUUCCUCGAUCCGUGCACUCGACAGGUGCUGGGACACCAUAUUGUGAGGCUGUGGGCCAAACACAACUGGAGCCUAGCCCUCAGGGUCCUCAAGCCCAUUAAGCUCUUUAAACUGGAAAAGGUUUCAUCCUUAUCCCUAACACAGCUUGCCGGUCCCUCCUCAGCCACCUAUGAAUCUCAGCCUAGCUCAAAAGUUGAGAAGGUCACAUUCCUAAGAGGAUCACCACCGGCAGGUCUGAGAAAGCAGGUGCUGACCACAGCAUCUGUUCAGACGCCAGACAGUCUUCUGGUGUCUUCACCCACAUUUACGAAGUUCCAGACGGCCCCACAAGGGAUCCCGUCUUGGAAUGCCCAUGGGCCCUUGAAGCCUCCUCCAGCUGGACAGGAGGACAGGUGGCCUUCUAAGCCCCUCACAUGCAGCCUCACAGGCAGCGCCCAGCAGAGCAGGAGCUUAGGAGCCCAGUCUUCAAGGGCUGGAGAGACCAUGGAGGCAGCGCCACAACCCAGAGAUCCCUUGGAAACCUUUAUGCUGGCAAACCUCCAAGCCACACGUCAGGAUGUAAGUGGUUCAGAGGCUCCACGGACCAGUAAAGGCUCUCAACUCCCUAACUCAGAGACCCAGCCUCAAGUUUGUGGCGCCGCUGUGCUCCCUCCAGAUGGCUUUACUGACAUUCCCCUUGCUACAGAGAGUUUGGCUUCUCAAGUGCCCCACGGCCGUCUCCAGAGCAUGCCUACCGGGAACAUGCAGGCUUGCCGGGAGCUACAUGACCUUAUGGCAGCCAGAAGGAGCAACCUGGGGUACAAGGAGCCCAAGAACCCGAAAUGUCAAGGCUCAUGCAAGAGCCAGAGCCGGAUGUUUACCCCGACUCACAACAGUGAGAACCCAACGAAGCCCAACUUAGAAAAACGUGAAGAAAGGCUUGAAGAACUGAGGACUCCCCAACUCACCCCAGUCAGGAAAACAGAAAAAACCCGUCAGGAUGAAGGCCUCCGGCUGCUGCCGUCAAAGAAACAGCCUCCUGCAAUAAGCGACUUCGGAGAAAACAUCAAACAAUUCUUUCAGCAGGUCUUUUCAGUGAAAAAAAGCAAGCCAGUUCCAGUCACUGCCAAGAGCCAGAAAAUAGUGAAAAACAGAUCACAUGUGUACAGCCGCUGUGCUGAAGCCGAGGGGCUCACGGCAGCAGCUGGACACAUGCCGGAGAAAAAAGUGACACUUUGCCGUGAGCAUCGUGCCUCUCACGUAAAUCAGCACAAACUGGAGUUCCAAGCCCCAGUCUGUGGGUUUCCCUGCAACCGCAGGCACCUCUUCCUGGUGGAGGUGGUGGUCUAUGCGGCCAGCAGUCAACAAGCCACUCUCAAGAGCCAGAGUUACCUCAACAGAGAGAAGCAUAUCCGAGAUCAACAGUCCUUGAAAAGUGUCCGGCGCAACAAUGACCAACGGGGCCAGGACAGCCCCAACUCUUGCUCCCCCAAGAAGGCUGUCUCACAGAAGGUCAAGUAGUCUUCUGUGAAAACACAGAACUUUUAAUAUUCCAAAAGAAAUAAAUAUCUCCUUUUUUCCCCCCCAUACAAGGAUAAUGGCUUUCAUUUGUGUCGUGCUUGGUGUGGGCUUGUUUUCUAGAAGUGACAGGACAUGGAGGGAUUCUGAGAGUGGUGUUGUAAGCCCACCUUCAUCCUGAGUUCCUUCACUGAAACUUAGGUUUCCACAAUACUGUCUUUACACAGACCACAAAAAAUUCUAAAAACGAGAUGAGAACACCUACGAAGAUCCCACUCAGAGAUAUGGUUCAACCCGUCUUUCUACUACUUACUCUCUACCUCAAACUUUAUGCAGCUGUAGGAAGAAGGUUUGCAGAGAUGUCAUAGGACUGAAUAUCUCCAUGCAGGCUCCAGGAACUGCCAACGGUCAAGUAGCUUCAUGUGUCACAAAAUAGUGGAAGCUCGGGUGGGAGAGUGUGGGCCCUGAGUUCAGAAGCCAGGGAAGUCUUGACCCUGGAUAUCCUCGGGGAGAGUAGAUAAUGCCUGCCCUUGGGAAGCCCCUUCUCUCCCUCACAAAGGCUGGGACGGAGAUGGGCCCUCUUAGCUCAGCCUACAUACAAAGCACAAAGUCCCCAUCCCACUGCCUCUCCCUUUCUUGCACUCUGGAGUGGGGGUGGGGACAG